AGGGACCUGCUGUGAACCCGAGGCCGGGUGCUGACGGACCCGCAACGCCGUUGCUGCCUCUGCCGCGCCGUGAGUGAGCGGCCGUGGCCCCGAGCCGGGCCGCUGCCGGUGCCGCCCCGCGCAGCGUAGCCAAUGGUGGUCGGCGGGGCGGGCUGCGCGGCGCCGAGCUGCGUUGUGCAACGCGCCGCGCUUUGAAGGCGACCGUCGGCCCUUGGAGGCAGGGCUCAGUCGCCAGCUGUCACGGCAGGGCGGCCGGCGGCGAGCCGGGUUCCUGGCGGCCCGAUGAAGACCCGGAGGGGCCGACUUUCCUGCGGGGCGUGAACCGCCCCCGCUGGGACCAAGGCGAAGCGGUGCCUCCGGCCGCGCAGGAUGACACCCAUGCUGCAUGCGGCCGCCCGGCGGGUGCAAUGGAGCAGGGCGAGCGCCGCGAAGAGGGCUGCGUGCCUGCUGGCUGCGGCGUAUGGACUCAGAAUCCUCUAUCCCAUCAUCCGCAGGCGCAUGAAGCGGGCGGGCUGCAAAGGCGGCUCGCAGGGUGCUGGCCAGGCAGAACCGCGCCGCACCGACAGCCAGGGCAGAGCCUCCCCGGCUGUGGACGCAGAAUUUUUCAAGCAGCUGCUGGAACUUCGUAAGCUGUUCUUUCCAAAGCUGGUGAGCGCCGAGCUGGGCUUGCUUUGCCUGCACUCAGUCGCUCUUGUUUCCAGGACCUUCCUUUCCAUCUAUGUGGCCUCCCUCGAUGGGAAGAUUGUGAAAAGCAUCGUGGAAAAAAACCCUAGGAGCUUUGUCUUCAAAUUAAUCAAAUGGUUGAUGAUUGCAAUCCCAGCCACUUUCGUGAACAGCACCAUACGGUACCUGGAGUGCAAGCUGGCCCUCGCCUUCCGUACGCGCCUGGUGGAUCAUGCCUAUGAGACCUACUUUACCAACCAGACUUACUACAGAGUCAUCAGCAUGGAUGGGCGGCUGGCCAACCCUGACCAGUCCCUCACUGAGGACAUCAUGAUGUUCUCACAGUCUGUGGCACAUCUUUACUCCAACCUCACCAAGCCCAUCCUGGAUGUCGUUCUCACGUCCUACACCCUCAUCCGCACAGCUCGGUCCCGGGGAGCUAACCCCAUCGGUCCCACGGUCCUGGCUGGGCUUGUUGUCUAUGCUACAGCCCGCGUGCUCAAAGCCUGCUCACCCAAGUUUGGCAAGCUGGUAGCUGAGGAGGCUCACAAGAAGGGCUAUUUGCGCUUUAUGCAUUCACGCAUCAUUGCCAAUGUAGAAGAGAUCGCUUUUUAUCGAGGGCACAAGGUAGAAUUGAGGCAACUGCAGAAAAGCUACAAGGCUUUGGCUGAUCAAAUGAAUCUCAUUUUGUCCAAACGUUUAUGGUACAUCAUGAUAGAGCAGUUCCUGAUGAAGUAUGUCUGGAGUAGCUGUGGUAUGAUUAUGGUUGCUGUGCCCAUCAUCACUGCAACAGGAUUUGCAGAUGGCGAUUUGGAAGAUGGCCAGAAACAGGCAAUGGUUAGUGAAAGAACAGAAGCUUUUACAACAUCACGAAACUUGCUGAUCUCUGGAGCAGAUGCUAUUGAAAGGAUUAUGUCUUCAUACAAAGAGGUUACAGAGCUAGCAGGCUACACUGCCCGUGUCUACAACAUGUUUUCAGUCUUUGAUGAGGUGAAGAGAGGUAUCUACAAAAGAACUGCAGUUAUUCAAGGGUCUGAAAACAACAGCAAGAAUGAAGAUAAAGCACAAUUACACAUUGAUGGGUCCUUAGAAAUCAAAGGGAAAGUUGUUGAUGUUGAUCAUGGAAUUAUUUGUGAAAAUGUUCCUAUUAUUACUCCAAAUGGCGAUGUGGUGGUUUCCAGACUAAACUUCAAAGUCGAGGAAGGGAUGAAUCUUUUAAUCACAGGACCCAAUGGCUGUGGAAAGAGUUCGCUUUUCAGAAUUUUAAGUGGUUUGUGGCCUGUGUAUGGAGGAGUUCUCUACAAACCUCCUCCACAGCACAUGUUCUAUAUACCACAAAGGCCCUAUAUGUCCAUUGGAACACUACGGGAUCAAGUCAUCUAUCCAGACUCGGUGGAGGACAUGCAUGAGAAAGGCUACCAAGACCAAGAUCUGGAGAAUAUCCUGCAUAUGGUUCAUCUGUACCACAUAGUUCAAAGGGAGGGAGGCUGGGAUGCCAUCAUGGAUUGGAAAGACGUCUUAUCAGGAGGAGAAAAACAAAGGAUGGGCAUGGCUCGGAUGUUUUACCAUAAGCCAAAAUACGCAUUGCUGGAUGAAUGCACGAGUGCUGUAAGCAUUGACGUUGAAGGAAAGAUAUUCCAAGCUGCAAAAGCUGCUGGGAUAUCCCUACUUUCUAUAACACACAGACCUUCUCUUUGGAAGUACCACACUCACUUGCUGCAGUUCGACGGACAAGGCGGCUGGCGUUUCGAGCAGCUGGACAACGCCGUCCGUUUGUCACUGAGCGAGGAAAAACAGAGACUGGAAUCCCAGCUUGCAGGAGUUCCUAAAAUGCAGCAGAGACUGAAUGAACUGUGUAAAAUCUUGGGAGAGGACUCAGUGCUUAAAACAAUGGACAAAGAGGAAUAAAUAAUUUAUGGUUUCUGUUUUUAAAAGUAUUUUUAAAAGCAUUGCAAAUCCAGCCAUUAUCCUCUGCAUGCAUUGUAAAAUAGAGGCUUAGAGCAUAGAGAAAAACAGCCAGCAGAAAAUAAUGCUCUGAACGCCCUGUAAGACUUUAGCAUUUUAGUAUUAAAGAAGAAAGUGGUUGAACUGUGAAAAGAAAAUAAGCAAGUGCACAAAGUAUAAGAUUAGUCAUUGCAGCUUAUGUUAAUUCCUAGUGAAAGCCCAAUUCACUGCAAAAAAACUACCAACACAGUCAGGUUUCGUAGGUGAAUUUUUGCUUGACAGUUGGCCUGCAGAAUGUGCUCUUAUACCAGGUCACUGUUUGCAUAUGAUGUGCCUGCUACGCAGAGCAAACCUGGCAUGAAACUCAGGCAUGGAGCACGAUGAAGGCAGCAUCUGGGUGAGUAUGCAGAUGCAUGCAAAAAUCUCAUUUGAGUAUAAGAAACAUUCUUUCAGCCUAUGUAAAGCCAAACUCUUAUUCUACUACUGAAUUGCAUACACACCUUUACUGCAUUUCCAUAGGAAAUAACAUAAUAGGCUGACAAGUCAACUGUCUGAGCAACUGCCCUCACGAUGGAGAAGCAGAAAUAGAGCUAAACGUGUAAUAUACCUGUGCUGUACUUCAUGCCAUUAUGCAUAGCUGCAGAGGCUCUUUGCCUUUUGUGAUACAUCAUUUCCUUUGGAGGAUUAUUUUUGUCCCCUGUUCAGUAACCUCUGGUGGGGAGGGGAUGAAGCAGUGGGCCUGGCAUCAAGUGGCUUAGUUUUUGCUUGGCUAAGGCAUUUAUCUGCUCCAUGGAUCUGAUCCAGCCAGUGUCUGUUUCUGACACAGUUCCUCUGUUUGUAAAAUCACAAUAUAAACAUAAUGUUUGUUCCAUGAAGCACUUUGUGACAUGAAGGAUUGCAGGUGAGGAAAACGUCACUUUCUAACACUGAAUUCUCAGGCAUGGCUGUCCUCCCAAGUAAAAUGCUCAGCAGUUAUUAAAGUCUGUGAAAAGUCAGAGUAUUUUUUAACCACUAAUUAAUAUGCCUGCCAUGUUUUGGUAGAGUGGAUGAGCACUACUCUUCACCAGUUAAUAGCUUUACUUUGAGAUGCACCCAUCUGCUUUUCAGUCCAGUGGGAAUCUGGUCCCCAGUCAGAGGUGCUUCAAGCAGAACCUCCUAAGACAGUGCUGGCCUGAGUGCCUUGCAAAACCUAUUGAAUUAGACAUAAAGAUGUGAAUGGAUUUAAGAGCUCCUGAUCUACUCUCCUGGGCUGCCAGCGCACAGUAAACAGCUUGGGAGUGAAGAUCAGGAGGGGUAAGAGCCUUUGAAGCUGCACAGAUGAGCCUUAGCAGAGAUGUAGCAAUCCUGAAGUUUGUUGAUCCUUUUUUUCCUAGAAGUGUGAUUCCUUAGAAGAUUUCUUUCUAGUGUGUUUAGUCUGAGAGGGGCAAUGCAUAAGCUGUUAAUAACUGUUAAGAAAGGAUAAAUAUUUUGGGGGUAUUUUUGGAGCUGAGGAUGUUGAGCACCCUGAAGUUAAUACAAACGUAACUUUUUCUGUUCACUUCAAGAACCAGAGGAAGGUGAAUUAACUCCAUCUGCCAAAUCCCAGCCCACUUCUGUAAACAUUAGACCAUCAUCCUUCUCAGUGUGUGCUUGUAUUGCUGCUUGGUAUGGCACUUGCACCAGGAAGUGGAGUAAGUCUGCUCCCCAUCCUGCUCCUUCAGAGUCUGUAGCUUGAAAGUAACCCUGUAACUUACCCUGGUGACAACAGUUUGUUCCUUUCUUCAGUUUUUUUCUGUAGAGUCCCCUGGGACAUCUCACUGACACAGAAAGGAAUGAUCCUGGGAACCUUUGAAAGGGAUGAGAAAUUAAGGUUCAAGAUAACAAGAUGUAUUGUAAAGUACAGACUGGAGGUCACUGCUGUGGUGAAUGAAGUACAUGCAUUUCAACUUGCAAGUGUCUCUACUUGUCCCUCUCCCUGAAGGCUAGCUUUCCCCUUCUCAUCUUCAAAGUAAAUUCAGAAUUGCUAAAAAAAUGUGUCAGCCAGGAAUCUGUUUUCAGCAUAAAUGAGAUUGAUGAUUUUAGAAGUUUGCACAUUUCUUAGUUAUGUUCUUCUAGGAUGAUGAUGAAUCAGGCAUGCACUGUAUGCAUGCCCUUGUCCCAGCUGCAGCAUGUCCUUCUGCUAGUGCAAAGCACCUUUCCACAAAGCCUUUCCCAAGGCAAGAGCUGAGGUGGAGGAAAGGGCAUUAAUAUUUCUUCCCCACACCUCUCAUGUGGCUGAGAGUUAAACCAGUGUUGCCCAGUCCCUGAAUCAAGAAGACAUUGAAAAGUGCUGAGCAAUUGCCCCAGUUUGGCAUAGCUGCAGCUGUGGCCCCUCAACACCUGCAAACACCCCACAAAACUCUGCCAUGGUGCUUGACUUGGGAGCCUUUAUGGGCAAUUGCAACACCUGAAAACUGCUGUCCCACCCUGCAGAGACUAAUAUUGGCCUCAUGGCACAACACAAACACAUCUAUGAGGAAACCACAUGUAGAAGAAGAAAGGGAUGUUUGCUGCUUUUUUCUUUUACAAGAUUAUGCAUAAAACUUACAAAGGAUACACCCAUUAUUGAUGACAUUUCAAUGAAAACUGAGAUUGCACCAGGAUCAAAGUCAUAGCAUUCUCCUCAAAAUUUCAUCUGUAUUUCUUGGAUCCAGUAAUAGUCUUAACCAUUCCCAUUCAGUAAUACAAUGUCAAAUA